CUUCUGGGUAAUUGUAAAACCAUGGGUGGCCGGAGGUCACCGUCUCUUUCAAGGACGUUGUGCUCUGUCACCUGGAAUAAACCGAUGUUCCGCAUCAGUAAUUUCAGCGAUGUCUCAUCUUUAUCCUAAGUUUUAGCCAAACUCCACCGCCAGAUCAGAAAAUCGCUGCAGCAAAUUGCCAGGCUGCGCCUUUCUAAAUUAACAACAAAUGUUAUUGUUGAUCUGACUCUCUAGCAUGUAAUUGAAGAGACGUUGUCAUCGAGAGGUUUCUUUUGCCUUAGCAGAAUGAUGUAAUUUUAAGUUAAUGUUUAAAUAUUUCCAGCUAUUGCGGUUGUGUUAAUGAAGGGGCGAGGUUAGCAGAGCGCUCCCAGCCAGGGUGGCUGCGGAUCCUGGCACUGGGCGUGCACUGCUCCAUUCAAACGCACGACGCUGUGGAGAAGAGCCGAUCCAGUGACAAGGGCUGGGAAUCAUUCCGAGCGCACGGCACCGAAGACAAAACAGAUACAUUGAAAGAAUUCGCAGCAAAAAUAAAGAAUGUAAAUGAGACCGGAAGAGUCUCCUCUGGAAACCGAUUCGUUUGGAUAGAUCUCAUCAGGGUGAUUUCUUAACUUUAGCAUAUUUGGUAAUGAUGAGAUCAACAGAAUUUUACACUUGUGUGGUUACGUUGGCCAUGCUAACUUGCAUACCAGAAUUAAGAUGCUCUGUUAUUCGCAAACACCAUAGAAGGAACAUACAAAUAUUUGAGGGUUCUACUGCAAAGCUAGAAGAUAUUAAGAAGCACAAUGAGAACAGUGACAUGGUGACAAGUGCCACAGUGCCAAAUGGAGAAAUACUAAGUUCCACUGCUUCUAGUAAUAAUUUAAGCUCUUUAGAAACAUUUACUGCAGGAUUAAAAACCAGCAUUGUUGAUGUGGAAGAAACACCGCAAACCAGUAAGACCAGAAAUGAAAGUGUAAUCACCAUAUCCAGCCUGGAUAUUUUACUUACAACUACAACAAUGGUGCCCUUUCAGAAACCAUUGAAUAUAACAAUAAAAGAUGAAAAUUUUAACAAAAAUCUGCAGACUAAACAAGAAGAAUUAACUACAACCUCCACUCCUAAUCAUACUGUUGAUGUCAGUGAUGUCCGUACAACAACAGGAGUCACACUGAAUGACACAGUCACUCAUAACGCGGAAAAAACUGGAGGAACGAAGAACAGCGAACAAAUGACAAUUUCAACUCUUGUCAGCUCGAUCACUAACAAUGGAAGUAUUGGUGAGACAACAGGAACACCUGACUCUAACGGUGAAAACUUUACGCUAAAUAGUCAUGACACCACAGCGUUGCCUCUUACCAGUCAGACGGCGCAAACUGUAAGUACCUCACAAAAAGAUGUCAAAGUAUUGACUUCAGAAAUGUUACAUUUCUCAGAAUUUACAAAUGUAGAAAAUUUAAGAAGUGAAGAAGCAACAACAGUAAUGAGUGAUCCAGUGGGUAAUUCCUUCAGUUGGACAGCAAACAGUCCAAGUGCUGGUAAAGAAAUGAAUGAAAUCAUGGCAACUACAGGGAGUGCAGUAACGGACAGCAAGGCACCAAACGCACUUCAGGUGACCACCACACCUAGAGUUACAACAGCAAUCAAGGAGGCUAUCAUCACAGAGACGGUCCCAUCAACUUCUACAGAGACUGCUCAAACAAUGCCAUUAACCAAUACAGCAGCUAUAAUUGGAACAACCAAAAAAAUGUAUGAAGGAUUGAAUGAAAGAUUGGCAGUGACAAAUGGGAUUACCACUGUCAAAUCCGCUUUGUCAACAACUCUUCUGUCUGAGAAACCAAUUUCAGAAGUAAACACAGACUCAACAAGAGAAAUGCUGUCAGUAACUCCUACAGAACUGAAGCUGCAGCCUGCUGUAGCAUCAGGUACAAAGCUAACCCAGACAAUUACAGCAGGAACCACUGUACUGCAAACCAUAUCAACGAAAACUAAGAAAACUUCUGCAGGAGCUUCUGAUUCUACUGAUAGAACAUUGCUGUUAAUCCUAACAACAUCAGGGCCAUCUGUGGGAGCCACUGUGCCACCAUCAAGCUCAGAAGAUGAACUUGAAUCUGAAGCAGGGGCUAGAACAACUGCAUUACUGCAACAGGAAUCAGUAGACUUGAUUAGAAAAAACAUCUCUGCGACCACAGCUGGAUUAAGCACUGAAACAAGUCAUACAACAUUGCAAACAUCUGUCACAAAACCAAUGGGAGUAAUGACAGCUAUGCCUUCAGUUUCACCACCUGUAUUAAGAGAUAACAUGUUGUCAACUUUGGAAGUAACUACAUCACCAUCCAUAAGGCACUCAGAACCACCAACAUACAUGUCGGACACAAUGGAGUCGGAAGAGGAAGAUGAUAAUGAAGAUGAGGAAGAUGAUGAGGAUGAAGAUGAGGAUAUUGAUUUAGAUGAGGACAGCAUGGAUUAUGACACUGAGGUACCUUCACUAUCAUAUAUAACACCUGGAGGGCCCAUAAGGGGCAACAAAAACUUGACAAAAAUGAUGGAGAUGUCAUAUCAGCUUCCAGAUUCCUUUGAAUGGAACCAGCAUGACCAAGGUACUAAAAAUCUGGUUAGAAGCUGGCUAGAGAAAAUCAAAAACAAAGCGGGAUAUAUGUCUGGGAUGCUGGUGCCUGUAGCUGUUGGUGUGGCUGGAGCUCUCUUCAUCCUAGGGGCUCUCUAUAGUCUUAAGGUGAUGAAUCGAAAGAGGAAAAAUGUUUUUAAAAGGCGUGAAACAAAGCCGAGAGAUUUCACCAGCAUGCAAGAUCGUGUGAUGCUAUUAGCUGACAGUUCAGAAGAUGAAUUUUAAGUAUGACAUGAAUCUUUGAUGUAAUACAACUGUAUGAAGCUGCACUGGAAUUAGAAGUGCAGGAUGACACUGCUACGUGCUACUAGCUUUCUGUUUCAAGUGCUUUUUCUUUAAAUGUUGAAAAAUUAUUAAGAUUGCCGAAAUUAUUUGUGAUAUACUGUAAAGCCUUGUUUAUUAGAUAUUUGUUUCACAGGAGCGGCCUCCUUUUGAGUUCACUAUAAAUUUAUUCUGAAGAAUUGAAAUAACCAAAUGUUAUGUGCUGUUGUUGCUAUAUCUAAUAAUUGCUUGGUUGCUGUAAUUUUAACACUGCAGUUUUUAUACUUUGUUACCAAGAUUCUGUUCAUGCAUUUGGAGAUCAUGUUACUGAGAGGCACAUGCCUAGUACUUCAACCUUGGUUGGUAGAAAACUAUGAAGUCAUGCGAAUGCACUGUACUCUGCCUCCAAAACUGUUUCCAUUGAAAUCAGUGGAAUGAAUGAGAACAGUGUGCUGAAGCGUUGGUGCAUUGAAGCUGCUGACCAGGGAUGAAUUUCUAGAAAAAUUAUGACUUUAAACAGUCUUUGUCAAGUAGGUUAUGAAUUAGUAACAAUUUUAAUUAAUGUUUAUCCAACUCCUUUUGUUUUCCUGCACUGUAAAAUCUAUGAAAAAGGCCACAGUUUCCAAGAGGUGCUGCACUUGAGGCUGUGUCUCAUUGUUCAUAUUUUUCAGACCGCAAUAUCCUCAGGUUUAGAAAAACUAAGAUUCAUUGGGAUUCAAUACAUAAUUAACAGCCCUAUUUACUGGAAAUACCUGAAAUAACAGGUUAUUUAAUAAUUCAAUAUAAAAUUAUAUAACACUUGCCACAAUAUCUUGACGUAUUGGAAAAAUAAGUAGAGAAAAAAGGACUGCAGAUGCUGGAAUCUAGAUGCAAAACACAUUGAUGCUGGAGGAACUCAGCAGGCCAGGCAGCAUCCAUGGAGAAAAGCAGGCGGUCAACGUUUUGGGUCAGGAUCCUUCUUCAGGACUGAAGGUAGGAAAAAGGCAAGGCCAAUAUAUAGGAGGGAAAAGCAGAGCAGUGAUAGAUGGACAAAAGAGGGGAGGCGGGGUGGGCACAGAGUGGUGAUAGGUAGAUGCAGGUAAGAGACAGUGAUAGGCAGGUGCGGGGGAGGAGGGGAGAGCAGAUCCACUGGGUGAUGGGUGAAAGGUAAAAAGAGAGAGAAAAAAAGAGGCUAGGAAAGGGAAGAAGAGAAGAAGCAUGGUUUGGGGGGGGGGGGGCACAGAGAGGAGUUUGUAGUGAUUGCCUAAAGUGGGAGAAUUCAAUGUUCAUGCUGUUAGGCUGCAAGGUUCCAAGACAGAAAAUGAGGUGCUGUUCCUCCAGUUUGUACUUGGAGUUCUCCUGGUAGUGGAGGAGGCCGAGGACUGUCAUAUCUGUGAUAGUGUGGGAGGGGGAGUUGAAAUGACUGGCAACGGGAAGAUGCAUGUCACAGUUACAACAGGAAGAUGCAGGUCGCCCGUAAUCUCACCACCUCUCCUCCUGGAAAGAGUUAGGGUAUAGCUCCCCUGGUCUUCAGUGUCCAGCCUGCAGCCUCAACAUUGAACAAAUCAUCCUUCACAAUUUCUGUCAGCUUCAAUAAGAUUCCACCACUAAGCAUAUCUUCCUCCCACCCCCCAACAACAUUUUGAUGAGACAGUUCACUAUGCUACUUCCUGGUAUGCUGUUCUGUCCCCAACAGCAACUCCCCACUUCUGACAUGUUCCCACAGAGUCGCAACACCUGUCCUUUCACCUCUUCCUUCCCACCAUCCAGAGACCCAAACUGUCCUUCUGGGUGAAGCAGCAAUUCCCCUGCACUUCAUCCAAUCUAAUGUACUACAUUCAGUGUUCACAAUGUGGUUUCUUCUAUAUUGGAGAAACCACAUGCGUACUGUGUUUGUGGAGCUCUUACAUUCAGUCCAGAUUCUACUUCAGAUAACUUGCCUUCUUUGAUUGGAUCAGAACUUGCCAGUCAAUCUGUCACAUUCGCUCAGUUUCUCUUUCACCAAUUAUAUAGCCUGACCUGCCGGGCAUGUCCUGCAGCUCUGCAUUUCACAACUUUUAUGUUGCUUUGUUUCUGUUCUUUCUUUCUAACUCCCUCCAUUUCAUAACUUUCAUGUUCCUUUGUUCAGGUUCUCUCUAACUGCCCACCUUCAUCCAUUAACUGGAUGACCUUAUUUACAGUUUAAAUCGUUGCAAUCCUGGCCACACCUUAACAGAGAGAUUCUCUUUUUCCAUCCAUUCAUCCUCCACCCUCUCUGCAACUUAAAACAAACGUAUUUUCACCCUUUCCCAAUUCUGAUGAAGAGCCUUCAACUUGAAACUUGAACUCUGUUUCCGCAGACAUUGCCUGAUUUGCUGAGUGUUUCCGGCUUUUAUUUCAGAUUUCCAGCAUCUACAGUUUUUUGAUUUUAAUUUUUUGUUUCAUAACCACUGGUAAAACCAAUAGUGUAUUUGAACACAGUGCACAUGUUUUAAAAAAACUUUAAAUCUCUUUUGAACGUACCUCUCCACUGUUGAAGUACUGCUUGCUGAAGUUUGCAGUUUGGUUCUUUGAAAAGGAGCGAGAGAUAUUUUUCAUGCUGAGAAUGCUUAGUUGUCAAAUGUCAUCUCGGCUCACUUAUCUCACACUGCACACAUUGCGAACACUCUUCUGAAUUACAAAUCACCUAUGUGAACCCUAAAUUCAGGAAACCUUCACUAUAUUUACUUUUCACUCUCCACUAGUAUUUGAGGCUUAGGAGGCAAUGUUUAUGUUUGACUAAAUUCAAAUAUUUAUGAUUGGCAGUUGAACUUCAGGCAAUCAGAAGGAGCACAUCUGUGAUUGGCUGUGAUUUCAAUUUCAAAUGGCCCACUAAUCUCAGAUUAACGGAUAAAAGAGUUUGAGGGAAAUACAAUUCUUUAGAAUCCUGAUUAUUCAACAAGUUCAAUUCAGAUAUUUAGAUUAAUCUAAUAGUAAGAUGGAGAUGACGUAUAAUUAAGAGGGAGAGCAACUGCAUGGCCUUUACUUGAGAUUUUCUCCUUUUUAGUAGGUCAUCUGGGUUCAGGCACCCAAAGUGAUGUUUCUUUCACAUCCUUAGUCCCUUUGCCUUGCAGGGUCUCUUCACAAAGAAUCCUAUCUCCUUUCUUCCCUAAAUUUCUCCAGGGAGUAUCAUUUCAGGUAAAUCCUUAUUUUGCAUUAAAAGUUAGAAUGGGGUUUGGAAGUGGGGGACAGUUGAUUUGUUGCUAACUGCAAAAUCUGCUGCAUCAGAAAUGGGAGAGCACGUUCACCGUUCCCUUUGAAAUUAAGUUAGGAAUGGCUGGGAAUGAAGGCAAAACUUAGCAGAUGCCAAAUGCGCUUGAAUGUAGCUCAGUAGCAUUAUUGGUCACAGCUCUGGCUUAAAGCCUUAACCUGAUUGGUGUUGAAGAAAUAAAAUAUGAAAUUAUCAAUCAAUCAUAAAGAUAUGGACAUUUUACUCUUGGCCUGUAGCUUUGUAGUUUAUGGCUCUUCAAGUGCUCAUCUUGAUCCCUGCCACUCUUUCACGUAGUGAGUUCCAGACCCUCACUACUCUGUGCGGUUAUAAGGAGCUUUCGGGGAUAUGCAGGACUUACUUUAAGAUUGUUUUCAAGAGGUAUCCCUCCAGUCUGCCAGCUUGUCUGAUAAAGCAGACCGAGAGGUUGAAGGGGACAUUUGUGGAGGCAGAUGGAUUUUCAGGAGAUUGCAAGAGGAUUAAAAAGCUGGAUAUUGCAAGCAAAAAGGUGAGCAGUUUGGGGUCAUAGUGAGAGGUGACGGGAGUUGGUUGGGGGCAAUAGCUGGAUAUCACACAGGGAUCCUGAGACUGCAGGAUUUGAUAAUGCUGUCUGGAAAGAGAUGGGAGAAAUGUCAGAGAGAACUCUUUCUCCUCUUGACUCAAAAGCAAUGCAUUAAAUUCUUCUCACCUGUAGAUUGAAACGAUUGAUAUGGAUGGCAUGCAAAACUAAGCUUUUCACUGUAUCUCAGUACAUGCGACAAUGAUAAACCAAUACCAAUACACUUUCACUGAUGUGUAACAGAAAAAAAGUUCAUGCAUGAAAAAGGAGUUUACAUGGCACUUCUGAUGAAUUAAGCCGAUAAUAGGAGCAGAUACAAGAUAAAUCCUGGUCAUUGUUUUAUUGUAACUUCAGUGUGGUAGUAUAGGGACAGGGAAGUGAAGAAGUUGAAUUAAGAGUUUCAUUAUUUUUCCCUUUAAUUGAUGUUGGUCUUUUUUUUUACAUGACUGCUAAAUAGCCACUGACUCGAUAAGGACUGUUUCCAAGAAAAAGGGUCGCCGUUUAUUCAUAGUUUAUAUGCAAAGAAUAACUAUUUGAUAAGAUCAUGAUUUGGUUCAGCAUGAUGUGCCCUGGUUGGAAAAAGCUAUUGCAUUCCUUCAACCAAUGAAUGAAAUGAGGGUUGCAGUAAAUUUCAGCAUAAAGUUGGGGCACAAUAUGCAGUUGAUGUAAUAAAUGCUCAUGCCCUGCCUUUGCAAAGCAUUUCACUUCUUAUGAAAAAUGAUUGUGGAAUGAAAUUCCCUGUGUAUUUAAACUGUUUGAGUUAUAACCAGAACAGUUAUUGAUGUAAUUGUGGAAUGUGACAGCUUAUUUUAUUAAAAUGUAAUAAAAUAACAA